AUGGCCGACACAUUCACCGCCAUCACGGGGCCGUCCUCUAAGGAGCGCAAGUAUGACCGCCAGCUGCGGCUGUGGGCUGCCAGUGGCCAGCAGGCCCUGGAGGACUCGCGUGUGCUGCUGAUCAACUCAGAUGGCCCGCUUGGCCGGGACAGCACCGGCGUCACUGGUGUUGUCGGUGUCGAGGCGCUCAAGAACCUUGUUCUGCCGGGGAUCGGCGGCUUUACUAUUGUUGAUCCUGCGAUGGUCACCGAGGCUGACCUCGGGGUGAACUUCUUCCUGGAGGAGGAGUCGCUCGGCAAGUCGCGUGCUGCUGAGACGUGUCGGUUGCUGCGAGAGCUGAAUCCUGAUGUACAGGGGUAUUCUUCGGCAAAGCCCAUUGCGGAUCUCCUCCAAGAUCCCGAAUUCCUGCCCCGGCAUAAGCUUGUGAUUAUCUCGGGACCAACAAAAAGCUCUUCUCUGCAGCCACUCUGCCAAGCAGCAACAGAGCUCGGCAUCCCCGUGCUGUACACACACUCGGUUGGAUUCAUCGCGACAUUCUCCUUGCAGCUUGCGGCAGAGUUCCCCAUUGUCGAGACGCACCCAGACCCAGAAUCAACCCAAGACCUGCGUCUGCUGAACGCCUGGCCCGAGCUCGCCGCAGCCGGCGCCGCGCUGGCCGACCUUGGCAGCAUGGACGACCACCAGCACGGGCAUGUCCCGUACAUCCUGCUCCUGCUGCGCUUCCUGGAGGAGUGGAAACAGUCGCAUGACGGCAAUGUGCCUAGCAAUUACCGAGAGAAAACUGACUUCCGGGAAUUUGUACGGAGCAACGCGCGGACUAGCAACGCCGAAGGCGGCGAAGAGAAUUUCGACGAGGCCGCGGCCGCCGUGCUGAAGACUAUCUCACCAUUUAGUCUACGCAGCACAAUCCGCGAUAUCUUCGAGAUGAGUGAAUGCCAACUGCCGACGGCAGAGUCACCCGAUUUUUGGAUCAUUGCCUCGGCAGUGCGCUCCUUCUAUUCUGUCCACAAUGUGCUCCCACUGCCGGGCUCGCUGCCCGACAUGAAAGCCCAAUCGGCAGACUACGUCUCGCUCCAGAAUAUCUACAAAGCCAAGGCGCGCAAAGACGUCGACGAGGUCACCGCGACAGUGCGCCAGCUCGAAUUUCAGCUGGGCCGAACCACUCCCGCAAUCCCGGAGCGCGAGAUCGAAGUCUUCUGCAAGAACGCAGCCCACAUCAAGGUCGUGCGCGGACGAGGCAUCCCACAGAUCACCGGUGCCAGCAACGCAGCCACCAUCAAAACCAUCCGCAACCAGCUCGGCAACCCCGACUCGUUGAUCCCCCUCUGGAUCGCAUGUCAGAUCCUUGACGCCGUCGUGGACGAUAUACAAACCAGCGGACAGGAACUGCAGCGCUCCGUCGAUGACGAGGAGUUGUGGCAGACCCACACCGACCGCAUCGUGAACUUGAUCUUCACCGACGACCCUGCGGCACUGUCUCAUGAGGCGCGCGAGCACAUCGACGAAGCGAUCCUAGAACUGCGCCGCACUGAGGGCGGCGAGCUGCACAAUAUUGCCUCGUUGGCUGGUGGACUCGUCGCUCAGGAGGCGCUCAAGGUGCUUACGAGGCAGUAUGGGCCACUGGACAAUACGUGUGUGUUUGAUGGGGCGCGGAGCCGGAGCGAGAUGUACAGGUUGUGA